AUGAGCUGCCAACUCAUUCCUCUUGUGCCAUGGUCCCUCGAAUCACAGAGUAGGGUAGCAGAGCGCAGUGUGGGCAACCCUGUUCACCCCGCCAUCGUUCAUGAUGAUAAUGUGGAGCAGCCAAUCAUGCUCCAGGGCAGCACACCAAACCUGCCGCGCACAGACUCUAUCCACCAGAAGACCGGCCGCGCUCAGGCUUUGGAACAAGAGAUUCUUUGCACGACAGAUCUUGAUCAAAAGAGGUGA